CCCGCUCCAUCUCCUCCGCGCUCUGCCCUCCUCGCCCCGGCGCUCCCGGCAGAGAAGACCCUUCCCCCCCGCACCGCGCGCGCCCUCUGCAUCCAGCGCUGCUUCCUCCCACCCCACUCUCCCCAGCCGCCCGGUUGUAAGUUGCAGGGCGACCAGAAGCCCAUAACCAUGGCGACCCCCUCAGCUGCCUUUGAAGCCCUUAUGAAUGGAGUGACAAGCUGGGAUGUCCCUGAAGAUGCCGUCCCAUGUGAACUGCUUCUUAUUGGAGAGGCUUCCUUCCCAGUGAUGCUGAAUGACAUGGGCCAGGUCCUCAUUGCUGCAUCCUCCUAUGGCCGAGGCCGCCUGGUGGUGGUAUCCCAUGAAGACUACUUGGUAGAAGCCCAGCUCACUCCCUUUCUCCUCAAUGCAGUGGGGUGGCUUUGUUCUUCCCCUGGGGCUCCCGUAGGUGUACACCCAUCCCUGGCACCUCUGGCCAAAAUCCUCGAGGGCUCUGGGGUGGAGGCAAAGCUUGAGCCGGAAGUGAAAGACUCCCUGGGGGUUUACUGUAUUGACGCCUACAAUGAAACCAUGACUGAAAAGUUGGUCAAGUUUAUGAAACAUGGAGGAGGUUUGCUCAUUGGAGGCCAAGCCUGGGAUUGGGCCAACCAAGGUGACGAUGAAAGGGUUCUGUUCACUUUCCCUGGGAACCUCGUGACCAGCGUGGCAGGCAUAUACUUCACUGACAACAAAGGAGACACAAGUUUCUGUAAAGUGUCUAAGAAGAUGCCCAAGACUCCAGUCUUAGUUAGGUGAGUACAU